UUCUCGUUAAUUAAGUGAAGACAAAGCAAUACAUAUUCCACAUUAGAACAUAUCAAUGCAAGAAGUCCUAUAUAUCAUGGUGUUACAUACAUCACUAAAAUAAACGAAGUAUUUCACUGAUUCUAAAAAAGAAAGAAAAAAAAAAGAAGCACGAGUUCCGAGCAAGAGAUUGCCAUUUGUGGUUACAUACGAGGAUUGAAGAUUCAAUGUCGAAUAAAUGUGAUGAAAACCAUGAAAUUAUAGAUGUCGAAGCAUUGGUAAGUAGUAAGUUCGAAAAAGAGCUAUCUGGUAAUCUAGUAAUGUCUUCUCUAUGCAGCAUUUUCAGAGUCCCAACAAUACUUUCAAGGCACAACACAGCUGCUUUUACACCAAAUGCUUUUUCCUUUGGCCCUUUCCACCAUAACAGUAAGCAACUCAAACCCACCAAGAAGAUAAAGCAAAAGUACUUGCUUGACCUUGUCUCUCGUCUUUCCAAACCAAAUCCAAAUGUUGAUCCAAAUUUGUUGAAGAAUUUCACCAAAGCCAUUAAUGAGAUUCAGAAUAAGGCUCGUCAGUACUACGCAGGGCCAGUUGAUGAUAUGAAAGAAGAAGAAUUCUUAGAGAUGUUGGUGCUUGAUGGUUGCUUCAUCAUAGAGCUUUUUCGUAAGAAAUCAUAUACUCAUCUCAGAGGAACAGAUGAUCCAAUAUUCACCAUGCCUUGUUUACUCCAAUUUCUCUACCAUGAUCUCAUAUUGCUAGAGAACCAAAUGCCUUGGUUGGUUCUUGAAACUUUGUUUGAACUGACCAAAACUAGAACAACUGCUACUCCAUCCAUAGAUGAGAACAUGCCUCUUGUUGCACUGGUCAUUGACUUUUUUGGUAACAUUUUCUCAAACGAAUCAAUUCCCAGGAAGCCUCUUUUAUGUGCCGAUCCUGAUCCAGAAUACAAACACAUUCUUGAUUUGUUGAGAAAGUCAUUGAUUUUGAAUUCCUCUACUAUAGAAAAACAAAAAAGUCAUCAAUGGGAGCCAAUGCAUCCAGCUACAGAUCUUUGGAAUUCUGGGAUCAAAUUCCAGGUAAACACUCGCUCGCCUUCUCUCUUGGACAUUACAUUCUGCUCCAAAACAGGUGUCAUGUUGAUCCCAGAGCUGCUCAUUCAAGAGACUACUGAAACAGUGUUUAGAAACCUCAUCAGCUUGGAGCAGUGUUGCCCUAAUUACGAGCCCAUAUUCACUUCUUAUGCUUUUCUCUUGGACAACCUCAUCAAUGGUAAUGCGGAUAUUCAAAUACUGUGCAAGAGUAAGGCCAUUAUUAACUGGUUGAACAUUGAUGAUGCUACCAAACUCUUUAACAGACUCUACAUCGACACUUUUGUCAAGGAGUAUUACUAUUACCCGCUCACGAAUGAAGUAAACAACUAUCGUCGUCGCCACUGGCCUAGAUAUCGAAGAGUGCUUACGCGUGACUAUUUCAAGCACCCUUGGGCACUCAUUUCAGUCAUUGCUGCUUCUAUUGCGCUCAUUCUUACUUUUUUACAGACUGUGUUUGCCAUUAUUGGAAAAGAUAAAUAAAUAUUAUAUAGCAGUACCUUUGUACUUGUAAUCUUUAGUAUUUGUAUUUUUUCUUUUCUUUGAUUUUGUAACCUAUUCAGUUUUUCAUUACAUUUAAGUCAAAGAGAAUCGGAUCAUCUUCUUUAGAGGGUGUAUUCCAUGUAACCCUGUAAAAAUAUUUAUUUGAGGCAAGUAUUGUGAGUAAUGCAAAUACAUGGGUUUAAAAAAAAUAGGACUUUUAAUUAACU